UAUCCCUUCGUCUGUAUUCAGGACCCCACGCCCAAGACGAAUAGGGAGAUAGUCUCGCUACUUGAGGGAAAGACUAAUUGACUCCUUGGGAGCCACAAAUUCUAUUGGCCAGGUCACCAUUGAGCAACCGCAGCCAUCCUUUCAUGAGCCUACUCGUAGUUUUUGAAGACAGGAGGACAAAGUUACGCGCUAAAAGGUCGUGAAACUCGGGAACGAACGAAGGGAUUGGCAUCCUUCCUAACAACCUUCCACCCGCCCGCACCACGCACUUGUGAUACUUCGAGGUUACCCCAUAAGAACUGACUUACCUCCACGACAAGUUUAUCGUUACGUGGCGAUAUGGCUUCAUGCGGAGAUCUGCCCUUGGGAGUUGAGCGUCCUGAACGAGUAGUUGAGGAGCAGUUGGAAACCAUUGCGGAACUGGUGGAAACCGGUGAAGAAAUCAGGAAAUCCACAGAGGAGCUGAGGAAAUCUAAUGAGGAGCUGGAACAUUCCCGGUCACGCCUCGAUGGGGUUAUGAGAAAAAUUGUGGUUCCUACUGUAACCGCAGUUGUAUUCGAAUCAUUCUUCAAAAAGGCUAUGGGGUUGGCUGAUGCUGACCCUCUCCCCGACGGCCGUGCCGACAUUAUUCGUGGGCGUCAGAACUUGUUCAACGAUUUUGACCUUGAGAACGAGCAAGAAAUUCUUGAAUUUGCAGACGCCGUGAGCCCUGGUUUCCUUCGCUUAUGUGGCUACUUUGAAGCUGCGGCGAUACCCUUACCUAUAUAAAGAAUUCAACAUUAGCUGGGCCAUAUGGGUAUAGAUAUGAGACAUACUAUGCGAUGCUAACGUUGUCAAUUAGUGGUCCGACGCGGUGUCAGCAGGAAAUACUGCAGCCCGUGAGGUGACCGGUGAUCGGGUUGUGCUAGCCCUCCAAUACUGCGAGGGCAAUCUCCACCGUUUGCUUCAAAAGGCAUUCACUUUUCUCUGGGGAAUAUCACCAAGUGACUGGCACAAUGCUACUGAAGCACAGAGGGCAUUGACCCUUCGGAGUUGUGGGUCUUGCUCUUUUCCUUAAUGUGUCUUUGUGGAAUCACUAAUAGAGAUGAAAUAGACCCCGGCCAUGAACUCGGCCUUCCCGGCUUGUAUGAUGACCUCCUUCUGAUCCCCCUUCCACCCUUCUCCCGCCCUUCCCCUCCAUCCCCCCCUCAUCGCCGUCCUCGUUGGUGCCUAUAGCCUGAUGCCUUUUCCGAUUCCCCUAUUGAGUUACGGUGUACCCGGGUGGGAUAGUCUUGACGUCCUCGUAACCUGAAAUUUUUGUGUUACUGAUUUUUUCUUCUACCAGUAUUAGAUUACAACUUUAUAAGUUUUACUCCCCAAGUCAGAUCCUACCUUCUGACUACGAGUAGAGGCUCCCGGCCUUGCGGUGACCAACAAAUGAUGCAGCGGUACAAUGAGAGGGCUCGCUCUGGAGUUUGGGGUUGUGCAAGAAGGGUACGGCAGGGGCUUCGCUAUCUUGUUCGUCUUGUUUUAUAAACUAGCGGCGAGGACAGGAGGAUACGGGAAACAAAAUAAAGGCAUCCCAAUCCCCCC